AUAAGAUUUGAUAGGAGAGAAAAACAAGCUGAUUUAACCCAAACAAACACGCACAGAAGAUCAUCGUUGAAUCGAAUCGAUAGCUUCCUCGAUGGAAUCUCCUUGGUUCCUGGACAAUCUCAUCUUCUUCAUCCUACGUCCGCUUCUGGCCACCUCCUUCGUCGUCUGCUUCAUCGCUCUUUGGUGGUUUCUGGCAUGGAAGCUAGUACUAAGCCAUGUUCCUCUGGUACAAGAGAUCUUUGGUUUGAGGCACAAGACCUUUAUACCCAAACCUGAAUCUCGUGGGAGAAUCUCCAAAUUCUACAAAAGUAUCACUUCUUCUCAGAAUCAUUGAACUAAACGAGCAAGAAGCUAAGAAGAAUCAAGCUAGAAAAAAGCUGUAGAGUUCUAUUUGAAUUUCUGCAAUUUAAUGUGCAUUCUGCUGUAUAUUCAAGUGUUUCAAAACCCAAAUCUUUGAUAAUGUUUUCAUCUCUAAAUUGUUAUUCAUGAAUCGAUUAUGAUAUUUUGCCUGACA